AUGUCUGCUAUCGUGUCCAAGGCCACCGGCCUCUUCAACAGUGCCGUCACCAAAUCCACCCAGCUCGCCAACUGCGCUGUUUACUGGGGUAAGGUUGGUGCCGAGGUCGGCAAGAUUGUCUACAAGAACGAAGGUCUUGCUCCACCAUCCCAGGCCCAGUUCAAGCAGGUUUACAGCAACUUUGUCAAGUUCUUGAAGACUCCUGCUGAGCAGAAGGCUGCUUUGGAGGCUGCCACCAAAUUCCAGCCAAACAAGCAGAACUUGUCCCAGUUGGGUAUUUACUCUGUUCACGUUUUGGCUUUCUUCUCUGUGGGCGAGAUCAUUGGCAGAAGAUCUUUGUUCGGCUACCCUGUUGCUCACGCUGAGCACCACUAG